AUGGUAUGUUCGAAGCUGAAACUUCUAGAGGUAUAUAUAGCAAUCGAUUUGCUGGAGCCAUAUCGACGUAACCAAGCUAAACGGAUGUUGGCCGAAUUUGAUGAAACGUGUAAAAAGAUCGGUCUUCAGCUGAACCUAGACGAGAAGAUGUUUAUGAGGAACGGAUGGGUUUCUGAUGCCUCAUUCACGUUCAAGAACAUAUCUGAAUGCUUCAGCUAUGUAUAUCUACGUCGGGAAAUCAACAUGAUGAACGACCUGACCUCCGAGCUGGGCAGAAGAAAACGAGCGGCUUGGAGAACAUUCAAGUGCAUCGAGGAUGUAGUGGAGAGGACCAAGAACAUUAGCCUCCGUGCUCACCUAUUCAACAUCACCGUUCUUCCUGCUUUCACCUACGCUUCAAAGACGUUUGCGUUUCGCAGGCAGAAGAAAAAUGCAAUCGGCGUCAUAGAACGCGGAAUUGAAACGGUGUUGCUAGAAGUAUCCCUCUUUACGCAAGUGAAGGAAGGGAUUCGAAAUUCACUCAUACGUCACCGAUCGAAGAUCAAAGACGCUGCCGCAUAUGCCAAGGAAAGCAAAAUUAGUUAUGUCCUUAAUGUUUCAGCCACCAAGAUUUGUAUCGAAGGUGAUGACAGCUCAUCCGGUUCGACUAUUUUAGAAGAAGUCAAAAAAAAGUGCCACUCACUCUUGAAUAAUCUUGGAAACGUUGAAAGCGGGAAACACUUCGACGAGAUAGAGUCAACGUUUUGUGAAGAGGCUGUGAAAUGUUGUAUGAAACCCACAACGUUGAGCCAGACACAAUCAAAUACAGAUCCACAUCUCACUUCGGGCAGAAAAUAUUUCUCCACAUGCAUUCUGGAUUAUAACUACAAUCCUCAUAUAAAAAAAAAUACAUGCCACAUCAACAUAACUUUUCGCAAAAAGUGUACUACGAAUCAAACAUCGGAGGAACAAUCUCAAAAUACAACUGCGAAGAGAAACGCUUGCAUUAGUGUGAAAACAAAGGAGAUACAAGCGAUGGUUACCUCUUCGAAGAAAAAAGUAACAGAAGCUGUCCCGAACACUUUUUUGUUCAUAAUCGACGCUGCUGAAAGUAAAACUAGUGGCGACUCGGAGGGCAGCAGCGCGAAUACUACCUAUAAAACGAUACCACCAGACGGAAAUGAAGAAAGCGAAGUGGAUGGAGAACUUCCCGAAAACACAGCGAGUGUUACGGCAGUGAUUAACGGUACGAUCGAGCAUACAACGUCGAUACAACGUCUCUUCUCUGCACAUUCACACCCAGUGACGCAAGCAACAACGCUGUCGACGACAGUCCACACUGAUGGAAGCAGUAGCGCCACAGCCGGUACAGCUACACUAGCAAGUGAUGUCACCACCUCUAUCAGUUCUACCUAUUCGUUAAGGAUCCAUCGCACAAGGCCUGGUGUGGAAACAUACCAUUAUUAUGAUGGAUAUACCGAUUCUACUGAUACGCACCCAUCACAAUUCCAACGAAGGACGAGUGGAGUUGAAACCACAUAUUAUCACGACACAAAAACCCACCUACCGGAUGGCACGACUACAUUGGUGGAGGAUAUUGGAAGGUCUACUUCCCCUACGUAUUUAUCUCAAAUUAAAACUUUUACAGAACCACACAAUGCACUAGGAGUAACAUCUGCUAUAGUUCCUGAAAACACUGACUUUACUUCCACGUAUUCAUCAGAACUCCAGAGAAGAUCCAGUAGAGUGGGAACCUCUUACUAUUACGGAAGAAAAACCCACUUUUCACCUAGCACAUCUACAGUAACAGAAGAUAUUGGGAGGUCGACUGCUACUACUCACGAAACCCAAAUUAGAACCUCAACAAAGCCAUACAAUGCACCAGAAGAGACCCUAGCUACAGUUUCAAAUUCUGCUGCUGCUAACGGUUCAUCUAGUGCUCCUAGGACAGAAGAUAACGACUCUGGCUACACUGCUUCAGAAGUAACAUCAGCUCCUGCUACUAGUUAUACUAGAGGAAGAACGAAAGCUUUGUUUAGUAGUGCCAAAACAAUAGAAGAAGAGAGCGGUUCCGCGAAAGUUACGUAUGCUCCCAGAACUCAACAAAGAACCUCUCCAAAAUUGGCUUCAACUGCACCAUUCACCGCCACUUCUUCAACGCACUUCCUAGGAACUCAACCAAUAACGUCUGCACAGCCACACACCACUCUAGAAAUAACAUCGGUUACAGCUCUUAGUCAUUCAGGAAGAAGUAUUAAUGUUUUAUCAGGCGUAACAACCGCAGAGAAAGAUGUUGAUAGCACUUCUACACAUUCGCAAAAAACUCAGUCAUCAGCAGUUGAAAACGGAAGUUUCACUGCCUCGAACAAGAACACUGCUCUACCAAGUAGUACCAGUAGUGGCAGAGCAACAGAAGAAAAGGGUAUUUCCGCGAAAUUUACGCAUGAUCCGAGAACUCAACAAGGAACCUCUUCGAAAAUGACUUCAUCUACACCAUUCACUUAUCCUGAACGAAGUGCUAGAACUUAUUUAGACAAAAGCACCUGGGACGUGGAAGAUCUCAGUUCUGCCACUUCUUCAAUGCACUUCCUGAGAACUCAAUCAAGAAUCUCUACACUACCAUUCAUCACUCCAGAAUUAACGUCAGUUACAGUUCCUAGUUAUUCGGGAGGAAGUACCAGUGUUUUACCUAGCACUACAACCGCAGGUAACGAUGACGAUAGCACUUCUACACAUUCACUAAAAAUCCAGUCGCCAGCAGGUGAAUAUGGAGGUUUCACUGUCUCCAACAAGAACACAGGUUUGUUAAGCAGUAGCAGGAGGAAGAGCAGUGAAGCUCCGGUUAGCAGUACCGAAAAUAUGAAAGAUAAUUGGAGAACUCCUUCUUCUACAACGCAUACUUUAACGACUCUGAAGGUAGCCUCCACAUUAUUGCACACUUACAAGGAACUACCGUCAAAAAUGGAUUUGAAUACUCACAAAACAGUCACCGGCGAAUCGUCCAGCAGCAACAGCUACGCAACAGAGUUCGAAUACCCUACCUCUUUCUUCAGCAUUUACUCGAAGAGAACUACGUUGCCACAUAGUAAUCCAAAAGAUGCGCCAGCGACGCAUUCUAGUAGUUCUCAUACAAGUAACAGGGGUGUAGCUACCACUACAAUCUCAGGUGCAGUUAGGAGUACCACUAGUUCCACACAUACUCCAGAAAUUCAGCGGACAGCUGAGUCUCCAAACACAAAGGAAAGAACGCUGCUCACAACCUCACCUCUUUUCGCUGAAACUGCUCGAGGUACUAGUUCGAAAAGUGAUUUCAGCGCUACUCCCUUUUCUUUCAUGACCUCGCAAGGAACAAUUCAGUCAACUAAAAGUUCCGAAAGUUCAUCUUCCGCUUCAAUUUCUACUACAUUCACCUCAACAAUACCAGAAAACACAAAGCUCAUUCACCAUUCAAGUGCUCAUGAUCAAGUUCAUGAAAAUAUUUCGGAUGAAGAAACAACGACAAGGGUAACAGGUGUACUCACAACUAAAAACACAGUAACACCUUUGACAACCUUGUCUUUAAUGACAUCAGCGAAUAAAAAGCAAGUCGACGAACUUUCGCUAAACACUUCGGCUACAAGCUCUACAGUAGAAACGUUAGAAAGCGUUUUGGAGCCUUCUGACGCUUCUGACAGAUUUACAAAUGGCACAGAACACCCAGAAUUCGGGAAAACAUCUCAUAGCUCAACAGCUAUCCCAGUGAUAAACACCGCUUUGGGACUAACUAAAAGAAACGUUCAGCUCACAAAUGGGACGGAACACCCGGAAACGAAGACAACAUCGUACAGUUUAACAGCUGUUCCAACAUUAAGCACCAUUGCGAAAUUUACUGAAAGGAACACUGAAUUCAAAAACGAGACGGAACACCCGGAACUAAGGACAACCUUCCACACUUCGGCAACUACUUCGACGUUAGGGACAACUGAGAAACUUACUAAAAGACAUUUUUUGAAGCUGUUUUCCCCUUCACCGCCUAAAAUGAUGGGCUCUAUGUUAUCUAUUACGGAGCAACAAACCUCUCAGCCAUCGUCACAACGACACACAAAUUCGACUUCGACUUCAGCACCUAGCAGCAAAGCAGUGUUCUUACAGUUCACUGAAACUACAUUAGAAGACGAGCUCAGAACAGAAAAAAGUACUGUGGGAAGCUAUACUUCCCGAAUCACCUCACCACAAACAACACCAAACACCAUAUUCUCUUCUACGCUGCCCAGGAUCGAUGGGACUUCAUUCUCGGAAGACCAUUCACGUCUAAAAACCUUGCCAUAUGGUUCCAGAGAUAAAACGUCAUUUACAACGACAAUAUCUGCAUCUACAAAAACUAGUGAAGAAACAACAAGAAGAGCGCUGGAGGAAUGCGAGAAGCCUUGUCCGAGCGGUUACAUUGAAGGUCCUGCGUACUGCUACCGCAUUAUUCCAAUUAAACUAUCUAGAACCUACCGAAAGGCACUGGGUUUCUGUCAGACGAACGAUAACUCAGACCUAGCUCGUCAACAAGACUUUCUUGACCCUGAGGUUAUCCGCGUCGCAAAGGAGUUAAGCCAACAAAUGAAUAUACCAACGACUAGGUUCUUCAUAAACGAGAGGACAUACCGAAACAGAGGGAAGUUGCGGCUGGUCGACAUUAAUGGGACAGACGGCUCUACACUUGUUGUAAAUUCCACUGUGUCUGCUAACGAGGUCGUCCUUAAUGUGGCUGCACUUUGCAGAAAGACAAAGUACUGUGCAUCCUUGCCUUGUGAGUUGAGCGAUUUCGCAAAAUUUGGUAAAGAAAAGGAGCUGAUCAUUCCGGAGAAUCUGACAAUAAUCAAUAUUGGCGAAACAAUCGAGCUUCCAUGUGCGUCCUCCGAGAGCAACACUGUCAUAACCUUCACCUGUAAAGACAAAGGGAACAUUCGACCACAUCCAAGCAGAGUCAACUGCGACGUAAAAGACACAAGUAAAGAUCAGGAAAGCAUUGAAACUUCCUGGAAUACAAAGGUACAGACAUCUUGUGAGAAGUGCCAUAGUUUGGGAACUGCUUCGUGCGCUGUUGUGUCAGGAGGAUUUUCUUGUACUUGUAACCCAGGAUGGACGGGAUACCGAUGUAUUAGUGCACCAGAUAUGUGUAAAUUGCAAAAAUGGAAUUGUGGGCAGAAUGGUAAAUGCGUGACAAUAAUAGACCAGGCUUACUGUGCUUGUGACGAAGGAUUCGGUGGAACUCAUUGUGAAAUAUCGAUGAUCCACAUUUCAUUUAAUGGACAAAAUGAGAGUUCAUUUCUGUCUCCAGGCACUGCUUCAGCUCUAGCGCUUACUGCAGGCGAAACAUUCACGAUAAUUGCAAAGGCUGUUCUCCUCAUUCACGUCCCACGAACGGAACCUGAUCCUCAAGCAUCAUAUCAAGAAAUACGUUCAACAUUCUUGAUGUGCGCUGGUUAUCUGUUUUUGUUUCUUCACCAUCCUGGUCUACUCCUUCUGGACAUGUAUAGAUGUACACUUGCGUGGUACGGAACUACUACCUUCUACUCACUUGCACUCACCACAUACGCGCUUGAAGCAGUAAAUGCUUACGAGGUCAUAGUAGUAAAGCAGCGUAACGUUUGGGGUCUUGAUAUCGAUGAGAAGAAGUCGUGGUAUUACGGCUUGACAUUUCGUCUGCUGUUUUCUUUCGCCGCAGUGGGUGGUGCCGUUAUUGCAGUUGGUGCUAGCGCAUUCAAUCAGCUCACCACACAAUGGACCUGUGUGGGGAUCUAUUCGCAGAACUCUAUAAAUUUAUGGCUUCCAUUAGUUCUUCUGAAUUUGAUACUUGCAUUAGCUGCUAGUGCUUAUUCGUACAAAGCAUCAUUUAUUCAAUGGUACUUGCCGCAAUACGAAGAGAAAAUGGAGAAGAAUACAGAGAAAUUGGAUUUGGCCGCGCGGAGCAACGUUGAGAAGUGUAAGCGGGAUAUUUACUUCACGUUCAUUGGGCCAUGGCUAUUGUGUGGAGUUUGGAUUCUGCAGACAGCAUCAAGUUACCGGACGAUGGACACAUCUCUGAAUCUACUAACAAUGAUAAUUCCACUACUCCAUACCGUCUGCAAUAUCCUCCAAUCUGUGCUCACUACUCCAACGACGUACAGCAGAGCACUCCAGCUGGCCAUGAGAACAAUGCCUAAGAGCAUAUCACCUGCAUGUGAUCCGGUAACUAUGUGGACAAGAGGAGAAGUUUUGCAAAGGAGUAAAAUUAGGAAAUAUGGAGGAAAAGUAGAAAUUUUACAAAACAACGCGAUAUAUCCAUGGACUCCAGCGUUUGAACAUUACGUUCCAAAAUGCAAACGUGGUCGCAUAAAGAAGUGUUGGAUGCGCACCUACGCUAAAAUGAGGGUAGAGGAGGAAAGCAGGACAAAAUCCGAACUUAUCUGGGGAGUGUUCGUUAAGGAACUAUGUGACCAUGGUGUAUAUGAAUACAGUAAACCUGUCCUAGAUCAACUAAGAUAUCUGUUCAAAUGUUGGGUUGUUCAAACGUACCGAAGCGACCCGAAAAGUGACACCGUGAAACCAAGACGAACUCGUGCUGGUGAAGAACUGGAAUACCUUCUGUCCAACUACUACGAAGUGCUUAACAGUUUGAAUAUUCUGAAGCUCACUCUUUCCAGUCGCAUCCAGAGAAGUGAUUACUAUAACUCGAUUGAGAACUACCUUAGAACAUGUGACACAUAUGAUCCUUUCCUGAUGUGUAUGAUCACUUCGAUGGAUAGGAACGGUAACACAGAGCAAAUUCCACUUUUAAGAACGCCACUGAAGUUGCUUAGCAUCCAGGUGCUGGACGAUAUGAAGCUUGCUUCAGAGGAGGAGAACACAAUGUCACAUCGAAACGUAAGAAGGAACGGAGAACCUAACACUCCAACUUGGAUGCUAACGAGAGGGGAGAAAACAGCGGAAGAACUACGUGAAUUUUCUAAUCGCGUUUGGGAGAUGGCGAAACAAAACUGGGAUUAUCUUCAGAGAUCAAAAGCACUAUAA